AUGGGAGUACUCAACAUUGCAGACCAGCCUCCUCUGGUCCAGGCCAUCUUCAAUCGUAAUGCUGAAGAAGUCCAGCUAUUAUUGCACAAAAAGGAGGAUGUCAAUGCACUGGACCAAGAGCGCCGUACGCCACUUCAUGCUGCUGCCUGCAUGGGUGAUGUUCAUAUCAUGGAUCUCCUCAUUGAAUCAGGUGCCAAUGUGAACGCUAAAGACCAUGUAUGGCUCACCCCCUUGCACAGGGCGGCUGCGUCCAGGAACGAAAGGGCCGUGGGUUUGCUGCUGAGGCGCGGAGCCGAGGCCAACGCCCGAGACAAGUUCUGGCAGACGGCGCUACAUGUGGCUGCAGCCAACCGAGCCACGCGCUGCGCCGAGGCUUUGCUGAGCCAGCUGAGCAACCUGAACAUGGCGGAUCGCACCGGCAGAACUGCACUGCACCACGCCGCUCAGAGUGGGUUCCAGGAGAUGGUGAAGCUGCUGUUGAACAAGGGAGCCAACUUGAGUGCCAUCGAUAAGAAGGAACGACAGCCCAUCCACUCUGCUGCUUACUUGGGCCAUGUGGAGGUUGUGAAGCUGCUGGUGUCCCGCGGCGCAGACAAAAGCAGCAAGGACAAGCAGGGCUACACAGCACUUCAUGCCGCAGCUGCAAGUGGUCACAUCGACAUUGUAAAAUACCUGCUGAGGAUGGGGACCGAGAUUGAUGAGCCCAACGGAUUUGGGAACACAGCGCUCCACAUGGCUUGCUACAUGGGCCAGGAAGCAGUGGCCACCGAGCUGGUUAACCAUGGUGCCAACGUGAACCAACCCAACAGGUGUGGCUACACACCUUUGCACCUGGCUGCUGUUUCCACCAAUGGCGCCCUUUGUCUGGAGUUGCUGGUCAACAAUGGGGCAGAUGUCAACCAGCAAAGCAAAGAAGGGAAGAGUCCCCUGCACAUGGCAGCCAUUCAUGGACGCUUCACACGCUCUCAGAUCCUCAUCCAGAAUGGUGGCGAAAUUGAUUGUGUGGAUAGAUAUGGCAAUACUCCUCUCCAUGUUGCUGCUAAGUUCGGCCACGAACUGCUGAUCAGCACUCUGAUGACCAAUGGAGCAGACACGGCAAGACGUGGGAUCCAUGGAAUGUUCCCCUUGCACUUAGCAGUGCUUUACGGGUUUUCGGACUGUUGUCGCAAGUUACUGUCCUCAGGUCAGCUGUACAGCAUCGUCUCCUCCAUGAGUAAGGAGCACGUGCUGUCGGCAGGGUUUGACAUUAACACUCCUGACAACUUUGGGAGGACCUGUCUCCACGCUGCUGCCUCUGGAGGAAAUGUUGAAUGUCUGAACUUGCUCUUAAGCAGUGGCACGGACUUGAACAGGAGGGACCUAAUGGGAAGGACACCAUUGCACUAUGCGGCUGCUAAUGGGAGGUACCAGUGCACUGUGACCCUGGUGAGCGCUGGGGCUGAGAUCAACGAGCCUGACCAAACGGGCUGUACCCCUCUGCACUACUCUGCAGCCUCACAAGCUUUCAGCAGGGGUGAUGGUAAUUUUUAUGGGAAUCAUCAGCAUGAUGAAGAAGAGGUGAAGGAGUCAUACUUCUGCUUGGAGCAUCUUCUGGACAAUGGUGCCGAUCCUUCGAUGGUUAACGCUAAAGGUUACAGCGCCGUUCACUAUGCAGCUUAUCAUGGAAACACACAGAACCUAGAGCUGCUGUUAGAGAUGUCUUUUAAUGCACUUGGGGACAUAGAGAGCAGUAUUCCUGUCAGUCCACUGCAUCUCGCUGCUGACAGAGGCCACUGGCAGGCAUUGCGUGUACUGACCGAGACUGCUGCCUAUGUGGAUAUGCAAGAUGCCGCUGGCCGCUCUGUGCUCUACCUGGCUGCCCAGAAAGGCUACGCCCGAUGUGUGGAGGUGCUCUUGGCUCAGGGGGCUUCGUGUCUUCUUAACGACAACCGCCUCAUUUGGACCCCAAUUCAUGUUGCAGCUGCUCACGGAUAUUCAGACUGUCUGCACAAGAUGAUUGAAUGUGGGGAGGAAGGAGACCUCACCAAUGUGGCGGACAAGUUUGGCCAGACACCUUUGAUGCUUGCUGUUCUCGGGGGUCACACUGAUUGUGUCCGAUUCUUGUUGGCGAAAGAGGCUGUACCAGAUGCUAAGGAUAAAAGAGGCAGCACAGCUUUGCACAGAGGGGCGUUGUUAGGCCACGAUGAGUGCGUCUCAGCCCUGCUGGAGCACAAAGCUUCUGCGCUGUGUCGGGAUUCCUUGGGUCGGACACCCCUGCAUUACGCCGCUUGUAGGGGCCACGCCGAGAUCCUGGCCAAUCUGGUGCAGGCCAUCACGGCCACAGUGGAACUACAAGACAGACUGCUGGACAACAAACAGUAUACCCCACUGCACUGGGCUGCAUACAAAGGGCAUGAAGACUGUUUGGAGGUUUUACUUGAAUUCAAAACAUUUACUCAUGAAGAGGGAAACCCUUUCACUCCCCUGCACUGUGCUCUGAUGAAUGGUCACAGCGGUGCUGCAGAAAGGCUUCUUGAAUGUGCCGGGGUCCACAUGAUUAACACCAGAGAUGCCAAAGGAAGGACCCCGCUGCAUGCUGCUGCUUUUGCCGAGGACGUCGCAGGUCUUCAGCUAGUGCUUCGCCACGGUACUGAGAUCAAUGCGGUAGACAACAAUGGACGUUCUGCUCUUAUGGUUGCUGCCGAUAAGGGACAUAGUGGCACUGUGGCCAUCCUCCUUCACCGGGCGAAGGCUGACCUCACACUGCUUGAUGAAAAUAGGAACACUGCCCUGCACCUGGCCUGCAACAAGGCCCAUGAAAUGUGUGCUCUGCUGAUUCUGGGAGAGAUCCACAGUCCUACUCUUGUAAACGCAACCAACAGCGCUCUGCAAAUGCCCCUCCAUCUAGCCGCUCGUAAUGGCCUGGCCACAGUGGUGCAGGCGCUGCUGAGCAGAGGAGCCACUGUUUUGGCUGUGGAUGAGGAAGGCCACACCCCAGCUCUGGCAUGCGCGCCCAACAAAGAUGUGGCUGACUGUCUGGCUCUGAUCCUCUCCACCAUGAAGCCUUUCCCCCAACUCGACCCUUCCUCCUGCUCCUGCUCCUCUCCUGGGGUCUCCCCCUCACCAGGCCUCAACUUGCUCAAGCACUGCGGCAUCACGGCCACUUGCGCCUCCCUGCCUAGCAAUGGCCUCCACAACGGCUACGUCAAAGAUCGCCACGGCGCACCGGUGGGCGUCGACGGCUGCCUGUCGGAGUGA